AAAAACAUGUAAUCUGUCCUGAAUGGACAUCUCCGAGGGUAUGUGAGACAUUAGCCCUGGCCUGACGUUACACAUCAGAUCACUCUGUUACGGGAAUUUCUGCAAAGAUUUGUCUUGGGCGAGCUUUUACCAUCCCAACCACGAAGCCGCGUGUUCCGAUUUAAUCUUCCGCAUCGGAAAUGUGGAUUAAGGCAUGUGCAAACACAAACUGAAGACCCAACACCAUGAGCUCCUUUACAAUAUCUGCAGCCGUUUUAAUGAUCAGCAGUUCAUGGGUCAUUAUGUUUCUACUCUGCUCCGUUCCACUGAAAGCCCAGCUGGGGACUACCCCCAACAUUAAACACAUCGUGGUGGGACGGUGUUUCAAUUACAUCACACUAGUUAACCCCACUCUAAGGUUGGACUGUGAGGAGAUCUGGAGACAGUUUGAGGAGGCGGUUGUCCGUCAGUCCUCUUGUAAUGUCACUGUGGAGGAUUAUAAUCACAUGUUCUAUGCAAUGGCACAAACCUGGCCCUGCGAUAGGUUCCUCUUCUGGAGUAAAACCAGGACACUGAUGCACAUCUACGCAGCUGUUGUCCCUCACUACUGGACCCUGGAGGACACGCUGGUUGGCUACAUGUUCAAUGACCUGAUCUGGUGUGGACAAGAGGAAGACUCCGGUUUUGAUUUCAGUUCUUGUCCGGAGUGGUCGGCCUGUAGGAAUCAUCCAGUGUAUUCCUUGUGGAGGCAAGCCUCACAAAAUUUUGCAGAAAUGGCAUGUGGAAACAUCACCGUGUUACUGAAUGGGUCUAUUGUCAACGCGUUCAGUAGGAAAAGCAUGUUUGGGAGUGUUGAACUGGAUAGUCUGAACGCAUGCCGGGUGGAUUACGUUAACAUAAAAGUGGUGACCAAUCUAGAUGGACCUUUUAUAGAGUCAUGUAGUGAAGGAUCCAUUGUAGACCUGAUCCAGAUCCUCCAGUCCAGAGGGUUCCGCUGGACUUGCACAGACAACGAGGAGACCCUGAUGAUCCUUCAGUGUAUCAAGAACCCCAAACAAGCCUCCUGCCAAACAUGUGCGAACAGCCUCUCGCGGAUAAAGAGCCUCACAUUAACCUGACCCCAGAGAGUCAGCAUGUAUUAUGAUAUUGUUAAAUGUUAAAGAUUGACUGUUCUCUUACUUCCAUUCACUUUUCAUUGAUCCCAUUUGAUUAGGAGAUGACAUCAGCAAAACUGAAAAACAGCACUCAAGCUAAAUAUCAGCCAACAUGAUAAUGCCCUCAAUGUGGGAUAUUGUUACCUUCAAUCAGAGGAACAGUAGAAGAUGUACUCAAAUAUUAACUUAAGUAAAAGCAGCAAUACUAGAGUGUAAAAUUACUCAACUACGAGUACAAAUCUAGAGUAUUAGCAUCAAAAUAUACUUAAUGCACCAAAAGUACAAUUCAUAGUUAUGCAGAAAGGUCCUUUUAGGCAACAUAUAUUUGUAUUUGUUAUAUUAUAAUUAUUGAUUCAAUAAUAUCAGUAUUAAGUCAACUUGGUAAAGAAGGGGGUAAUUUUAAUUACUUUAUAGUAUUCUGUAUAGCUAAACCUAUAAUAAUAUAUGAUAAUUAAAUAGGGUAUUUAUAUGUUGUAUUGAUAAACUAAAUCAGGACAGUAACUUAUAAAUAAUAAUAAAUGUAGUGGAGUAAAAGUAGCAUAAAAUGAAAAUACUCAAGUAAAGUACAAAUAACUACAUUUUGUACCCGACUGUAUGCAGUUACAUUUUGCCUUGAGCCUGAAAACUGUUUAUCAUGUCAUGUCAUGCAAUGUGUGUCAUGCUAUCUGUGUUUAUGGGAUCAAAGGUCACUAAGGCCACACUGCCCUCUUAACCUGAGUUGCAAGUAUUUAGAUUACUUUGUUAAAUUUGAGCUGAACCACCUGUCUCGGACACACCUAAAUGCAGAUUGCAACAGGUAGAGAUUUGCUCUUUUAGAUUUCUCAUUAGUUAAAUCCUGUUUGGUUCUGUCAAAACAUGCAUUUCCAUGGCUGAUUUUAACUUUAGCCAAUAACAUUCUCAUCACUAUCAGUGAGUAGCAAAACAAAUAGUUUGAUUCAAUUCAAGUAUCAUAUUCAACCUUUUGCUUAAAAAAAACAAAUGCAAAUGCAUUAGCAUCAUACGUAAUAUACUCAUCAUAACAAAGUAAAGUUGGUCAUUAUGCAGCAUUUUGCAUUUAGAAUAAUGUAUAUUAUAUCACUGGAUAAUAAUUAUAAAUGAAUUAAUGUGUAAAUCAAUUGCUGUUGCUAAAAUAUCUUUUUUUGUACUUGUAGAUGUACUGCUCGGUAGCUUGUGAUCUCCCCU